AUGGAGGGGUCAACUGCAAAGAAAAAACAAGGAUACGGGCAUCACAGGAAAGAGAACUCUACUGGCCACCCGCCACUGUCCCGUCAGCCUACAGCAGACUGUAGUGGCGAGGACACCGUUCAGCCCAGGAAACUGAACGGCUCCUCAGUGGACACACCGAGCUACCAGAACCUGCACCGGGAGCUGCUGCUCAGCCACAAACGGGGCCUGCUGCUGGAGGAGAAACCAGAGCUGAAAAGAGUGUUGGAGCAGCGAAGACUGGAGCUGCACAAGGAGGAGGAGAUGGCACGACGACGACCCUCUGAUCUGGAGACGGAGCUCCGCAAGAGGCAGCAAAAACUGCAAGAGUAUGAACAGGAGGAGAUCAGGAGGCAGGAGAACCUGCAGAAGAUCCCAGAGUUUGUCCGUGUGAAGGACAACCUGAGGCGCACACAGACGUCUGAGCAGUGAGGCCCUCAGUAGGCUCCCAUCAGCCCCUGCAGCAUCUCACCAUAGUGACCCUAAAUAUUUAUGCUCACUGUCUGCUGACUUACAUAUAAAAGCACUAAGGCGCCAGCUGGCUUCACAUCUGAUAAUGGAUUUUAAAUUGCAUUUGAAACAUCACAAUUUGUGUAAAGAACCAGGAAAUACAAAAUCCAUAUUUAGAGAAAAUGUAAUGACAGCUCUGUUUUUGAUGAGGGAGUGGGAGUGUUCAUUUUUUAUUUAGUAUUUGUAAAGGGAAAGCUACUGUUUCAGAGGCUUGACAUUUUUUAUAUUUUCUAUGGUAACUGCACUAUUUACUUUUUCAAAUCAAUUUCUCCCACACCAGCCAAGUCUAAUUCUUACUUUAAAGGAUUACUGUUUUGGGAUUGCUAACAGACACAUUUCUCCACAGAACUGUUUUGUAUCAAUAAAAAUCCCCCAGCGUUACCACUCUGCAUGUUUGUUUAUCUGUUCCUGUUAUGACUUCUGAUAUUUAGUGUGUCUGUGUGCACU